AUGGGAAGAGUUAAGCUUCAAAUAAAAAGGAUAGAAAACAACACAAACAGGCAAGUGACCUUCUCCAAACGGCGCAAUGGCCUCAUUAAGAAAGCCUAUGAACUGUCUGUCCUCUGUGACAUUGAUAUUGCUCUUAUCAUGUUCUCCCCUUCCGGCCGUCUCAGCCACUUCUCCGGCCACCGCAGGAUUGAAGAUGUUCUUGCUCGUUUUAUUCAUCUCCCUGAGCAUGACCGUGGAGGGGUUAUUCAAAAUAGAGAUUAUUUGAGCAGGAUGCUGAAGAAACUCAAGUGUGAGACUGAUAUAGCCACACAAAUUUCCAACUCUGGGAAUGCCAACCCUAAUCUGGAGGAGCUUCAUCAAGAGAUUACUAGGUUUCAACACCAGCUUCAGAUUUCUGAAGAGAGAUUAAGAUAUUUUGAGCCAGAUCCUAUGAGUGCAACAUCCAUGAGUGAGCUAGAAUCAUGUGAGAAGUUUCUCACGGAGGCAUUGACAAGAAUCACAGAUAGAAAGAAAUAUUUGCUCGGCGAUCAUCUUUCGUCUUACGAUACUUCGAACACAGGCAUGCAAAUGUAUUUACAACCACACCAAGAAGAUCACAUGCAAGCCACAUUUGGGAAUGAAAUGGUUCACUGGGUCCCUGAGAAUGCAACAAACCCUAAUCAGCAUAUAUUUGUAGGAUCAGAAUCUCUCAUUCCUCUCAGAGAUCAUGGAAUGUAUGCCCACCAAAUCUCACAAGGCACAAGCCUUCAAAUGGACCCUCAAAUGGGAGGGUGCCAUAUAAGCAACCAAAGUGACAACAACCUCCCAGCAUGGCACCAAGCAUACACGUCAACAGAACUCCUCUCCAACCUCAUUGCAGCCAAUAACCCCUUCCCUUUACUCCAAGUAAUUCUAAGCCUUUAA